AUGCUCCUCUUCCUCCUAGCGGCGGGCCGCCGCCUCGUCGCGCCGCGGCGCAGUUGGUGCGCGGCCGUCGGCGACCUGCACCUGCACGAAGGCUGCCGCACGCUGCCGCCGAUGGUCCAGGCCGACGGCACGCGCUUCGGUCUGCCGAAGGGCCUCGUGCGGCCCCCGUCCUCGGACGCACUCUGGGAGUGGUACUCGUCGACGGGCCGCGCGGCGCGCGACCCGGACCCGUCCUGGGCCGACGUGUGGGACAGCGCGGCCUGCCUCGCCCAGCACGUGCGCGCGACGCCCGCCGACGUGCAAGACAAGCGCGUCGUCGAGCUGGGCUCUGGGCUCGGCGUGUGUGGCAUCGCUGCGGCGCUCUCUGGUGCAAAAUCUGUAGAGUUUGUGGAUCGCGAACCGGAAGCUCUGCACUGCGCGAUGGCGACCGCCCAGCUAAACGGAUGCGCCGACGUGACCGCGCGCCUUGCGACCUUCGGGGACGAAGAUGGAGAGUCUCCAACGUUCGACGUCGUCCUGGCGUCGGACGUUUUAUAUGAUGCGCGGGAUAUGGAAGCGUUAGCGGAGGCUUGCAAGCGCCUGGCGCCGCGCGCUUUGAUUGCGGAUCCGCGGGCUGGGCGUGCGGAAGGCGCUCGCGACGCGUUCGUCGCCGCGGCGAAGGCGUCGGGUGGGAGAGUGAUCGAGCGAGAUCUCGCGCCAGCGCCGGAGGCGCCCGAGCCGACCAUGAUGCUCGACGUGCGAUGGCGACAGCCGAGCGACCAGUACGCGGACUCGCUCGGGGCGAUGAUCGAUGGGGCGAGUUCGUGUUGCGCGUAA